CUAAUAGGUACUUUGGAAAAAUUCGAACCAACUCAUUGAAUUAUGAUUUUGGAAUAUAUAAUCUUCUAAACUAAACAUUUUAUGCAGCAUUUGCUUAAAAUUUUUAAGAAAACCUGCUUUCUUUUUUUAAAGAGUACAGAAAUAUCAAUGGCUUUAUAUGAAAGCAACUGGUACAAACAAGACAAACGAACCAAUCAGUUGGUGUAUAUAUUGCUGAUGAGGACCCAAAAACCGUUAUAUGUGCAAAUAGGACUAUUUGGACCAAUGACUAUUGAUGCGGCAAUUUCUAGAUUCAAACUUGCCUAUUCCUACGUGUCAGUUAUGUCGCCCUAAAUUCAAACUUGAUAUAUAAAAAUUACCCUUAUAGAUUUGGUAGAAUAGUUGCUUCAUGUAUUGAAUUUACUUCUGGUACCUAGAUAAUGCGUUCAUUUAAAAACCGUAGUAAAAUAUAUACCUAUUGGAUUAGUUAUAUUAUGUUGUGUGCAAAUUAAUUUAGAAACUUUUAAAACUUCAUCAAUAAAAGGUACAUAUUUGCCAUUA